CAACGCUGUAAUCACAUUAUCAUAAACUGCCAUUGUACCUAAAUGUAAUAAAAUUUGUGUGGUAAUAUCAAAAUCAUUUUAUAAGUGUUUGGACGCGCGUCGAAAUAAAAAAAAUAUACGAAUAAAAUAAAUUUCAAUAAUUGCAGUGCAAAAAUCAGUGGACUACUACCGUGUGCGACAUUUUCACUGUUUAGUGCGUCCCUCGUCUCAGUAUGCGUGAAGUCAUCUCAAUACACGUCGGUCAGGCUGGUUGCCAAAUAGGUAACGCUUGUUGGCCACUGUUUUCCCUGGAACAUGGUGUACUCGCCGAUGGAACGUUAAAUCCGCAUCAAAACGUAGACGAGAACAUGACAACAUUUUUCCAUGACACCCGCUCGGGGCGUGUGGUGCCACGCAACAUGUUUAUCGACUUGGAAGAUUCCGUGAUCAACGAAAUCAAGACUGGAACUUACCGGCAUCUGUACCAUCCGUUAUACAUGGUCACCGGAAAGGAGGAUGCUGCCAACAACUAUGCUAGGGGGCACUAUACAGUGGGUAAGCAAAUCAGCGAACAGGUUUCCACUACCCUACGGAAACUCACAGAACAAUGCGAUGGACUUCAAGGGUUUCUGGUCUUUCGAUCAUUUGGAGGAGGAACAGGUUCAGGAUUCUCAUCACUGCUGAUGCAACAGAUUGCCAUGGAUUACGGCAAGAAAUGCAAGCUAGAGUUUGCGGUUUAUCCAGCACCGAUGAUCUCAACUGCCGUUGUAGAACCUUAUAACAGCGUCCUAACCACUCACACAACCAUGGAUUCCUCUGACUGUUGUUUUAUGAUUGACAAUGAAGCUACCUAUGAUAUAUGUUCGAAAAAUUUACAAAUUGGUAGACCUGAUUACAAUCACUUGAAUACAUUGGUUGCGCAAGUCGUUUCAUCGGUAACAGCAUCAUUGCGGUUCAAGGGAACCAUGAACGUCGAUUUAAAUGAAUUCCAAACUAACCUCGUUCCCUAUCCACGGGUUCACUUUCCGCUAGUAUCAUACGCACCGCUACUAUCGGCAUCAAAAGCUCAACACGAAUGUUCAUCUAUAUCAGAAAUUACUCAUGCUGCAUUCAGCCAACCGAAUACCUUGGUCAAAUGUGAUCCUCGCACCGGUAAAUACAUGGCCUGCUGUUUACUGUACCGCGGCGACGUGGUCCCAAAAGACAUCAACAACGCUAUCGCCGUAAUCAAAGCCAAGCGCCACAUUACCUUUGUCGAUUGGUGCCCCACGGGAUUCAAAAUCGGCAUAAAUCAGCAGGCUCCCUCCGUUCUACCCGGUGGAGAUUUAGCCAAACCAAAACGAGCCGUUUGUAUGCUGUCCAAUUCAACCGCGAUUUCCGGUGCAUGGGAGAGAUUGAACCAAAAGUUUGACCUCAUGUACCGGAAGAGAGCUUUUGUCCACUGGUAUGUCGGAGAGGGCAUGGAAGAGGGUGAAUUUGCCGAAGCGCGAGAAGAUUUAGCUGCCUUGGAAAGGGACUACGAGGAAGUUUCAACCGACACCGCUGAUGGUGGGGUCAGCGAGGAUGAUGAAUAUUAAAUUGUUCUGCAUUGUUAGUGUUUUAUUUCUGUGAUUGUUAUUAAACAUGUUCUGUAGAGUACUUUUAA